AUGCCGGUCGGGCUACCAUCCCUGCCCAAGGCGGCCGGCAUGGCAAAGCUGAGCGAGAAGUACCAGAGCAGCCUACGGGACAAGCUGGAAUCUUUGGCUCCACGCUACACGCCUGGCCAAGGCUGGGACGGAACCGCCGGACCAAGGGGACUGUCGUGGAUACGUGCUGAUGUCGGCGGCCGUCCCUCCAUCAAGCAACAGCGAGCGUCACUCCAAUCAGGUUGGAGUACACCACCACAACCGGUGUCAAGUCGGAACUUUCCUGGACCUUACCCUUGCUAG